AAUCGCAGCACAAAAGAAAAGAGCGACGCCGAAAGGUAAGAAGGCAGAGAUAGAUUGAGAAGAGAGAAGAGAGAAGAGAGAGACGAAGAAAGGAGAGAUCCUUUCUUGUUUUUUCUCAACUCCGGCGUCGGAUUCUUCGCAAGGACGGCGUCGAGCCAGAAUACUGAAUUGGGGGAGUCGCUGAGCACUCGCCUUCAAUCUCUAUUCUCUUCUGUUUGGUUGGGUUUCUUUCGGCAGAUUCAAAACCAGGAAGGAGGAGAAAGCGAAGAAGAGAUGGCUACAAGAAAUCACGCCGAGGCGCAACACAAUCAGAGAAAGGCGGCCAUGCCCACGGUUAAGCAGAAGGAAGCUGCUCCUAUUGGAGAUGCUAAGAACCGGAAGGCUCUUGAGGACAUUGGAAAUAUGGUUAAUCUUCGCAUAGCAGAUGGAAAGCCCGGACAUCGCCCAAUAACCAGAAGUUUUGGUGCUCAGCUGCUAGCCAAUGCACAAGCAGCAGCUGCUGCUAAGAAAUUACCGAAGCAAGUAGCUCUACCUUCUGAUGGAACUACAAAGAAUAAAUCCCCCGUCAAAAAUUCAAAGCCUGAGGUAAUCAUUGAUAUCAGCCCAUCCACGAAACAAAAGAAAAACCAGGAAAAGAAAAGUUAUCAUGCUUCCUCCUCGAAGAAUAAAGUUCAUUCCUUAAGUUCUGUGCUAACAGCUCGUAGCAAGAUUGCAUGUGGGAUCCAAGAUAUUGAUGUUGAUGAUGAUAAUAAUGAGUUGUUCAUGUCUGAAUAUGUUGAAGAUUUAUACAAGUUCUAUAAGCUCCAAGAAAACUUCUUUCGCCCUCGAGAUUAUAUGAGCUCACAAGUCGACAUUAAUGCUAAAAUGAGAGCCAUACUUGCGGACUGGUUGAUUGAAGUGCAUUAUAAAUUUGAACUCAGGCCGGAGACCCUCUAUCUUACCAUGUCUAUUAUUGAUCGAUACCUAUCUGUCGAGUCAGUUCUGAGGAGAGAACUGCAGCUUGUUGGAGUCAGUGCAAUGCUUAUUGCGUGCAAAUAUGAGGAGAUUUGGGCUCCUGAGGUUAAUGAUUUCAUUUGCAUUUCGGAUCGAGCUUAUGCCAGAGAGCAAAUACUUAGAAUGGAGAAAGCAAUUCUAAACAAGCUUGACUGGUGCUUGACAUUUCCAACUAUGUAUAUGUUCAUUGUUCGGUUUUUGAAGGCUGCAGCUUCUAAUAAAGAGAUGGAAAACAUGGCGUUCUUCUAUGCGGAGCUGGCAUUGACACACUAUUCAAUGGUAAUGUAUCGUCCUUCAAUGGUGGCUGCUUCUGCCAUUUAUGCAGCACAAUGCAAUUUGAAGAAGAGUCCACCAUGGAACAAAACUCUACAGUAUUACACUGGAUUCUCGGCGAACCAAUUAUUGGAGUGUGCUAAGCAUAUGGUAAGUUUUCAUUCAACAGCACCAAAUAGUAAGCUCACUGUGGUCUAUAAGAAAUACUCAAAAGACGAGCUUGGAGGUGUUGCGUUGCGGUCUCCUGCCACAAAGUUUGUGGAAGAUUAAAGUUAGGGGGAGAGCAGCAAGUUCUUCUGUUAAUCUGAUGGGUUGGGAUUGAUCAU